ACUCAGACACCAAACCAUAUAGUUGUUUCCUAGUAUGUAUUGACGUUUUUUAAAAUAAUUAAUAUUAUAAAAUUUUACUUUAGAUGUGAAAAAUUUAAAUAACAGUUCAAAAAAUUACAAUUAGGGCUUAAGGGAAAAAAAUAUUUUGCAAAAAAUUUAAUAGUACAUUUUUUUAAUAAUUAUGCAAUACCUACUUAAAUAAUCAAUAUUGUAUAUAAUUCAAUAAACACAAAGACCAAUAAUUAUAAAAUUGAUAGUAAUAAAUUAUGUGAAAGGAUGGCAAACACAUUUUUAAGACAGACAUGGAUAGCCUCAGGAGUCCUCCUCACCAUGCUGGAGGUGGGGAUGUUCCUGGGUUUCACCACGUGCCUGCUGCCGGCGCUGCAGGAUCCAGAAUCUCCCAUCAGAGCCAGCUUGGAACAGUCUUCUUGGAUAGCUGCUUCCUUCGGCCUGGCCUGGAUACCUGGUUUCCUCGCAUCCUCCUACUACAUGGACCGCUUCGGAAGAAGAGUGGCUUUCAUUCUAGACAUCAUCCCAGGUGCUCUGGGUCUCGUCCUCAUGUAUUUCGCCACAAACGUCUCCUGCUUGGUAGCCGCAAGGGUACUGCAAGGCAUCACAGCUGGAUCCACUUCAAUUCUAGGAGCUAUAGUCAUAGGAGAAUAUUCUAGUCCUGCAAAUAGAGGGAUGUUCCUCAAUCUAAAGACAGCUGCUCUAUACAUGGGCAGUACCACCGUACAUCUUCUCGGCCACCAUUUUCAUUGGAGAACGGUCGCUGGGUUGACUUUACUGCCAUUCUUGCUAGCUUUUGGUAUGGUUUGUACGUGGCCCGAGAGUCCAGCGUGGCUGGUAUCAAAGAAACGAUUUGAUAGGACUAGAGAAGUCUUCUAUAGACUGAGAGGGAAAAAUGAACAUUCCACUAGGGAGCUUAAUGAUAUGAUUAACGCGCAAAAGGAACGUAUUACCACUGACCACUUCACAGUUUACGAAAACACAAUGAAUUUCUUCAGGAAAUUCGGUAAAAGAGACUUCGUGUUGCCAGUUGUGAAUUAUAUCUUUGCCGCCAUUUUACUGGAGACAACUGGCCGCCAUAUUUUUCCCGCCUAUGCUGUCCAAAUUAUAUCAGAAAUUUCUGGCAACACUAGCUCAUUUUACUAUACUUUAGCUUUAGAUCUGUUAGUCGCUGUAAGUGCUACAUUUUCCUCGUAUUUAAUACGAAUAUUUAAGCGACGAACUUUGUUAUUUUCUACCGGUUUUAUAUCUUUAGUUAUCUUGAAAGCAGCAUGUGGCUACCUAUUUUUAGCGUCUCGAAAUUUAAUUCCGAGUAACCCAUUGAUUCCUUUGGCUUUGUUUGGGUUGUACUUAGCUAUAGUUAAUUUUGCAUGUGCUCCGAUACCUUUGGCUCUUAUUGGAGAAAUAUUUCCUUUAGAACACAGAGGAGCAGGAACUACAAUGGCUGGUGUAUUAAUAUCCAUAAUGAGUAUAGCAACACUGAAAACUACACCUUUAUUGCUGGCAACAUUCAAAGUUUAUGGGACUUUUACUAUUUUUGGAGUGGUUAUGGCAAUAUCGUUGAUUUUCCUAUACUUUAUGCUACCUGAAACUAAAGAUAGGACUUUGCAGGAGAUCGAAUAUUUCUUUAAUAAUGGAAAGUUUAGAGAAGAGAAUAAGAAUGAUGAUAAAGAGCUUGUACGAAUGAUUGCUUAACUUUUAAGUAUAGGUUGUAAGUUUACAAUUUACUUUAAUAUAUCUUAAAAUAGUUAAAGUAUAGAAUAUCUACUAUAAACUAUUAUUAUUAUUUAUUUUUGUAGAUAUAUAAACAUAACACACACACGUAUUUGUUGUUUUCUUUAAUUCUAUUCUGUCAUAGGUUUUCAGGAUUACAGUAGCAAAACAAUUUAUAAAAAAGCGACAUCUGUUAUUAAAACUAAGAACUUUUUAACGAUGGCAGUAGCGACACCUACGAUUAAGUCUUUGUCUUUAUACUCCAUCUGAAUGAGCACUUGAGCAAAGGUAAACAAUCUUAUUGCAUUUUUUGCACAAAUAUAUAUAUUAAAGAAUAAACUUCUCCUUAAAAUAAUUUCUCAAUUGAAUAAGUCAUUGUUAUUUUUGUGUUUGUAUUGAUUUAACUUUUCAAUAAAAAGUCAUAAGUACCUAUAAAGAUUGUUCAUGUUUAGUUAAGGGUAAAAUUGAAUAAAAACAAGCCAAAUAAAUUAUAAAUCUUAUUUAUUUGUCAAAUUCAUUCUAAUUACUAUUACAAAUUGACAUCACGAUCCAUGUUAGAUACCUACAGAGUAAGUAGUGUACUACACUGAGCGAAUACCAACUUUUAUUUAUUAAUAAUAACUAUUAAAAACUCCUAGGAACAAAAUAAUCGCCUAAUGAAAUGUCAUUUUAUUUACAAAAAGUAUCACAAGCAGCUUCUAUGUUGGAAUUUAGUUUUUUAGUAAUUCAUGUCAGUUAUUUCAAAA